AUGAGGCCAUCCGUUCCUUUCACCUUCAGCAGCCUUGUUGGGCUCGCUGCUCUGGCCCUUGCACAGAACCAGAGGGUCAACUUUAAUCAGGUUGCCAACAUUAAUGGUGAUAUGCAACUUAAUACACUGCAAUUCCCCGAUGGAACCAAGAUCGAGACCUUCUCGCAAACACAACAGCAGGUUCUCGUCAACCAGAACCCCAACCCGCUGCCGCCCAACAACGUCGUGGGCAGCACGGGUCAGCCGUUUGUGGCCCUGCAGAAGCAGUCGGUCAUCAUCCAGACCAACCGGGCUGUGGACCUGGUCGGCGGCCAGAUCGAGAUCCCCAUCGACGAGCAGGAGCUGGCACGGCAGAACAUCCUGAUGGACAACACCUUUGUCGCCAUGCUGUCCGGGGAUCGCCAGGCCUGGAUCAUCCAGGAGGCCAUCAAGAGCGUCAACGGCACCGACAAGACGGCGCGCAUGGUCAAGCUCAACCGCAUCGACGGCGAGUUCAUGCUCCUGGGCAGGAAGACGGCCGAGACCGGCCUGAGCCUGACCACCUUUGGCAACCAGGCCGCCAACCAGGUCAAGAUCGACGGCGCUGGUCUCCAGGAGGUCGAGUUCACCGACGGAUUCCGCUUGUCCAUCCGCUCGAGCCAGCCCAUGAUCGUCCAGGCCGAGGUGAUCAACGGCGUCAACGCCGGUCAGCUUACCGGUGGACUGCAGGCCGUGAACAACUUUAGGUACUUGGUUACCACCAACCUGGGUGGCCUGCAGCCGGGGUUGGACAACAUGGUUGCCGUUGUGCAGCUGCCGAUCAACCCUGCCCGUCUGAUGGCUACCGCCCAGGCCAUGGGUAUGUCUGAUGCCUCAGCACUCCAGAUCAGCGUCGCCCAGCGUGGCGUGCUCCAGAACCCCGGCGGUGCUCAGCAGAACAUUAUCGCGCCUGCUGGUCGCGUCAGGAGACAGGAGGGCAAGGGCAAAGGUGGUAACGGCCGGGGCAACGGCAACAACGCAGACAGGAACCGGGAAGCCAACAACAACAACAACAACGCCAACAACAAUGCCAACAACAAUGCCAACAACAACGCCAACAACAACCUCCUCAACAACAACCAGCCUCUCCUCCUCGACAACCAGUUCAAGGCCCUCAACUCCCAGCCCGUCCUUGACAUGGCCAACAUGCGCGUUGCUGUUCCCGUCCAAAGCCUCGACGGCGAGUUCAUUCUGACCGUCGGAGCUGCUGCUGCCGGUGCCGGUGGUGCUCAGCGCGCAGGCGCCGGCAAGGCCGCCGAGAUCCCUGCUGCCGUCGCUGCUCCCGUUGCCGCUGCUCCUGCCGCCGCCACCUCCGCUGCCGGCACUGCUCCCGCCGCCGCCGCCCCUGCCGCCGCCGCCCCCGGUGUCAUCCAGCAGAUGGGCAGGAUCCCCGGCAAGGUCAAGCGCCAGGAGCCCGCUGCCGCCGGAGGAGUCACCAUCCAGAUGGCCGACCUCAAGUCCAUGGUCGACCGCAUGAUGAGCGGUUCCGAGGACACGGCCCCCGUCUGGUCCAUGAUGGUCAACUACGCCAAGGCCAACGGUGCCGCGAAGCCCGAGGGUUUCCCCGCCCCGGCCCCGCCUGCUGAGGCUCCCGCCCAGCCCGCCGCUUCGCCUGCUCCCGCCGCGUCUCCUGCUCCCGCCGCGUCUCCUGCCCCCACCGCGUCGCCUGCUCCUGCUCCUGCUCCCGCUGCCUCGCCUGCACCUGCUCCUGCUCCCGCUGCCUCGCCUGCACCGGCCCCUGAGGCUCAGCAGCCUGCCCCUGCUGCUUCACCGGCUCCCGAGGCCCAGCCUGCACCUGCUCCCGCCGCCUCGCCUGCACCGGCCCCUGAGGCACAGCCGGCUGCCAGCCCUGCUCCUGCACCAGAGGCCCAGCCAGCUCCGUCUCCCGCUCCUGAGGCUCAGCCCGCCCCGGCCCCUCAGCGCAGGAGCAGAAUCUACCGCCAGGCUGUCUAA